AACUUGAAGAAACAAAAUCUGAAGAAAGAAGAUAAAUCUGUCGAGAAAAUGAAGUUUGGUUUCGCAGCUCUUGUUGUUUUUGUGGUUUUGCUGUCACCAUCAGUGUAUGGAGCAGAAAGCGACGUGCUUCGAGUCUUUGACGAGAAUUUACAAUUGACUGAGGAGGAGAUGGAAGAAUACAUGAAGCAAGCGGAUCUGGAAAAAUAUGGUUUUAAGAGAACCGAGGAGACCACCUUUGAAACGGAUGAAAAUGGCGAGAAAAGGAAAAGGAGAACCAUCUACUACAAGGUCACCGAUGAUUGCUCUCGAGUUAUGUUCUGGGAAGGAAUCCUUGAACAACGCUUGCCAGAGAAAUUGAAAAGUCUGAGAAUCCUUUCAACCACCGUGAAAGAAAUUCAGAAUCGUAUUGCUGGCAGGAAGACAAAGGAAUGCACAGUCGGUUUAGAGAUUCAUCUAGAUCGACGUCGCAAGUCCAGUGGAAGCAAACGUAGUAUUGCUGGUGGCCGUGGAUGCAUUGGUAUUUGCUGGAGUGCGGCCAUCGUUUACGGCAACUAAGGUGUGUCAUUGGACGAUUAUAAACGGAAAACGGAAAAAGUGUCUUGAUAAAAUAAUGUAUUAGUAGUAACCUACCUUCAAUGUUGUAGUCUUUCU